AUGACGUCCGGCUGCAGCGGCCCUCCAUCGCGGGCGGCGCUCGGGUGCCUGCUGCUGGUCGUGCUCCUGCAGACCGCGCGGUCGGCGCUGCGACCCAUGCCCUACGACCUGGUGUCCUGUGCAUCCGACAAAAACGAACACUACAUCCUGGACGACUUCAACAACCUCCUGCUCAACAUCACCCUGAAGCUGGAUGCUUUUGAUGAUGGGCCGCCGCCGGUGCGCGUGUGCAUGGACCCAGCCAUCCAGGUGGUCCUGCGGUCCAACUCCGACGGGCUCAACUGCUUCCUCCACACGGACUACAAACCCACGGACGAGCCGUCCUCCUGCAAUGCCUCGGACGAGGCCAACCCCGACAUCACGCCGAAAUACCACAACCUGACCUUGCCGGCGGACUUUUGCCACUCGGCCGGCGAGUGCAAGUUCUUUGUCCGGUGUCCGAACUUCUACGGCCCUAUGACCUACUUCCGCACGCCGGCCGUUCUGAUGCGCGGGGAUGUGUGCCGCGAUGAGAACAUGGUUUGCGGGGCCGAGUCGCACGAGUGCGAAUGCCUGCCGCACUUCACCGAGCACCAGGGGGUCUGCAUCCGCAAUCGCUGCCCGGCCUUCGACCACCGCGAGCGGCACAUCGCCUUCGAGGCGACAGACUCGCUGGAGACCGCGGUCGGCAAGUGCGACCCGGGCUUCCACGGGAACAUUGUCCUUGCCUGCCGGGCCGAUGGCACCUGGGAGCCCAUGACGCGCGGCUGCACUGACAUCAUCUGCCCGGCACAGUGUCGGGAGCACAUUUGCUGGGAGCAGGCCGUGGCCGGGGACACGGUGCGGGCCGAUUGCGGCCCCCUGCACGAGGGCGACCUGCUGCUGGAGUGCUCGGAGGAGGACCAAUGGCAGGAGCUGCCCGGGCCCGGGUGCGUGCGGCGCCAGUGCCCCGAGGUCGAGGUGCUGGGGCUGCGCUUUUUGGAAACCCCCACCCUGGAGAGCCUGGCCCUGCGGUGUCCGGUUGGCUUCACCGGGGACUUCCGGCUGGACUGCCGGGCGGACAAGACGUGGGCCGCCCCGCGGCCGGUCGCGGGGCUGGGCGACGGCCCGGCGCAUGCCUGGCGUUGGGAAGCCCCCUCCGCCAGCCCGGAGCCGGCGGAGGAGGACCUGCUGAAUGAGGCGGCCCUGCUGGCCCUGUGCCAGUUGGACUUGGCCCGGACCAGCACCCCGCACAUGGCCACCUUCCAGCUGGAGCCGUUGGCCCAUGACACGCUGCAGGCCCGGUGGCGCUUGCCGGAGGGGGCGGCCGCCCGGUUGGCCCCCCUGGCCCCGGGUCUCGAAGUCCGGCGCCACAUCCCCGGGACCUUGACCUUUGCCACGGUGGCCGUGCUGCACUCCGGCCCGGGGGCCCUGCCGGAGGUGGGCCGGUACAAUGUCACCGGGCUGCCGGCCCUGCAGGAGGAUCUCUACCAGCUGGUGCUGAGCUACAACGAUCCGGAUGCCCAGGUGGGGCCGUCGGGCGAUCGGCCCGGCCGGGCGCUGGCCCGCCGGCUGCCGGCGGCCCCCGGCGACGAGGCCCCCGGCGGCGGCCCGGCCGGCACUUCGGCCAGCGACUCGACCCAUGGCCACGGCUCGGCUGCCAGCGGCUCGGCCAGCCCGACCGAGGCCACGCCCCGCAUGCCGAUCCCCCGGCUGGAGGAGGGGCUGCUUCUCCAGCGCCGGACACUCCCCCGGCCGCCGGGGCCCCGGUACACGGUGGAGCUGGCCGCCGAUGAGGUGCUCCUCCUCCGGUGGGACCCGUCGCCCGAUGCGGACCAGUACCUGGUGGUACUGGAGCCCCUGCCGGAAGGGGGCCCGGCCGCCGGCCUGGCCGCGGCUCGCGAGGACACCCCCCCAGGCCCGGCCGUCGGGGAGACAUUCAUCCGGGAGGAGCCCCGGCUGAGCCUCAACGCCACCCUCUACCGAGGCGGGGCCUUCCGGGCACAGGUGUUCUCCGGGUCGCUCCUGGUGGCCGACACCUGGGAGCGCACCGGGCUGCUGUUUGACUUCACGGUGGGCCAAGUGCCCGGGCGGAGCGGGGGCGCCCUGCUGCCGGUCCUGGUGGCCCUGGCCGGGGGCCUGGCCAUGGUGGCCGCGGCGGCCGGGCUGGCCGUGUCGGCGGCCGGGCGCCGGCGGCGCGCACGCCAUGUCGCCGCCGCCGCCGCCGCCGCCGCCACCGCCACCGCCCUGGCCGACGGUGCGGCCCAAUACCAGGCCUGCCUGCGUCAGGGGGCCUUGCCCGGGGAAAAGAUGCCCGAUGUGUCCUGGCUUGCGGCCGAUGCCGAGGGGGCCCUUGGCACCGGGGCCCUCGGGCCCGGCCAGCUGGACACCGUGCUCAACACCUUCGAAACCAUCUCGGUGCCCGGGUUCCUGGAGAUGGUGGCCACCGGGGAGGCCCGGCAGCUGGAGCUCCUGGACCGAGUGGGCAAGGGCGCCACCGGGAUGGUCCUCCGGGCUCGGCUCCUGGACCCGGAGAUCGUCCGCCGGGUGGGGUCCGAGCUGGUGGCCGCCAAGCGCAUGGCGCCGCAGGGGACCGCCGGCGGGGGCGGGCCGUUGGCCGCCGGGCCCGGGGCCGCCCUCCCCCCGGCCGCCCCCGGGUCCCGGUGGUGGGCCUUCUCCCAGCAGCGCCGGCGCCAGGAGAAGUACCUGACCCAGCGCUUCCGCCAGGAAAUCGCCAUCAUGUGGUCGCUGUCCUUCAACAGCAACAUCGUCCCCCUGGUCGGGUAUACCACCGAUCCGCCGAUGAUCGUCACCCACCUGUACGACACCGACAUGUACCGGUACCUGCACCGGUCGCCGGCGCAUUUGGCCGCGGCCGAGGCCAUCCGCGCCGCCGGGCCCGACGGCCCGGCCCCUCCGGCCCCCAUCAUCCCGCGGCUGCCGGUGGGCGAGAUUUUGCACCACGCCCGGUGCCUGGCCGGCGCCGUGGCCGGCAUGCACUUCCUUGGCAUCGCCCACCGCGACAUCAAGAGCGCCAAUGUGCUCCUCCGGCAGCCGGUGCCUCGGCCCGGCCAGGCGCCCCCCGCGGCCGCCUACCUAGAGCCGGCCUUCUGCGACUUCGGCCUGGCUCGGACCACUGCCUCCAGCGCCACCGACAUGGUCCUGGUGGCUGGCUUCUCGCCGCGCUAUGCCGCACCGGAGGUUUUCUCCCGGUCAUACGCCCAGAGCGGAGGCGGCCAGUGGCCCUUCGAGCAGGAUCUCCAAAGCGACGUUUACGCCCUGGGGGUCCUGUUUUAUGAGAUCAUCUCUCGCCAGCUCCCCUGGGGACCGCUCAACUACCAGGAGAUCGAGCAGCUGGUCCGGUCCGGCGAGCGGCUGGCCCUCCUGGACGUCGAAGAGGAGGGGCUCUUCGACAAGCCGGAGCCCAUGCUCCGGCUCCGGGACGUGGUCGAGCGGUGCCUGGCCACCGAGCCCGAGCACCGGCCUACCGCCGAUCAGGUGGCCAAACUGGUUGCGCAGAUCGCCGACGCGCCAUCCCCGUGA